GCUUUUAACGGCGCCGCCCCGCCAGCGGAAGCGGGAGGAGGAGGAGGAGGAGGAGGAGGAGGAGGAGCCGGGGCAGCCCCCAGCCUCUCCUGUCCCCUCAGCACCCAUGGGGCUGGAGGCGCUGCGGCCGCGGGUGGUGCGCUGGGCGCUGCUGGCCGCCUUCGCGGCGGGCGUGCUGGUGGGCUGGCAGGCGGGCCGGGCACGGCGCCGCUUCCUCCGCUGGCGCCAGCAGCGCCUCCAGCGCCGCCUCGACGCCGCCCGGGAGAAGCUGGAGGCGGCCUGAGCCCGGGGGCCGAGCCCGGCGCGAUCGCGGCGCUGCCUCGGGCCGCGGCGGCGCAAGGAAAGGACGCGGGGGACUCGCGGAGGCCGCGCUGCAGCUGGCGGAGCCGGGGAGCGCCGCGGGAAGGACUUCGGCGUGCCCGGACCGGGCCGGGGGGAUGACAACGAGCGGGGCUCCGCCAGGGGCGGCGGCAGCGCCGCGUCUCGGCGCUUGUCCUGCCCCGCGAUGCUCAAGCCCUGCGCUGCCCGAGGGCUGCUGAUAAAGCCAUGAGACCGUGA